AUGGCAGAGCAGGGCAAAGGCAGGGGAGGCGAGAGGAGGAGGCUUCGAAUCCCCGAUGGGCGGCUUGCCGCCUGUCGGCCGGAGGGAGCCACUGAGCUUCCCUGUUUCUCUUCAGGAGGAUGGAGCAAGUGGGAGCACAGUCAGGGCGUAACAUCCCCAGCGAGCCGCUGGUUAGGAUCCCGUGUCUGUUUCCUGGCAGACCGUCCCCUGCAGCCUGAAAGGGAGAGGAAGGACAUGGGGCCGGGCCGGGGGGCUGAGGGCCGGGCGGCCGCCUCGGCCAGGAAGCAGGUGCAGGCUGGGAAGGCCGGUGCCCCCGCCUCGCCCGGUUCAGGCCGGUUGGCCCAGGCGCUGGCCCUCCUUUCGCCGUGGCUGGCCCUUUCUCAGCGCCGCUGGUCCCCCGCCCGGCCCGGCCUCCUCCCGGAUGUGUUCCAGAUCCUCCCUCCACCUUCCCCAAGGCCCGACUCUGCCGAGGCCGGGCGCAGGGCGCCGCCCCCACUCCGUUUGAAGAAGGGCCACAUCCUGCCUCGGACCAGCUGGGUGACAGGCGAGGAAGCGCCAGACCCGCCACCGGCCCCUCCCCGGGAUGGAGGUUCCCGAGAUGAGAGAGUGAAAAGUUCCGAGGCCGCUCUCGGGAUCGUGGGGCAGUCUGGGGUCCAGCUGGAAUCCUCCAGCCUCUCCCGACAGAAGCACAGCCAGGGAGAGAAGGACGGGUUCUCUCGGAAGCAGCUAGAGCCACUUCGGGGAGCCGGCCCUGGCGGGCGACCAGGACUCCUGGGGCCUCCGAGGCCCUUAGAACACAUUUACAUAGACAGGAAAGGCCUCUUUCUUCAUGCAAAUAUAGGUUUGGCAACAGACUCGUGUGUAGGAGGACGGGAAGCGCAGCCCAACCCUGCUCAGACACCGAGGGGAAGACCCGGCUCGUCCCGGGCACGCCAUCCGGGGGAGCGCAAUCUGCAUGGAGAAGGGCCUUCGCCCUUCCUGGGUGGGCGGAAGAAGGUGGGGACGCUUCUCCUGGAGAAGAGAAGACUCCGAGGGGACGCGAGAGCCAGCUCCCGGUGCCCGAGGGCUGUCCCACAGACAGGGCAGCGAGGUCUCUGGACUCAAAGCAUAAAAACAAAAGAGAAUUGUCAACAGGUGGGGCAGCAGAGCCGGUCCGGCCAGCGCGGCCCCUGGCUGUGGCUCUGGCCCUGGGUCAGGAAGACCCUGAGCGAGGUCAGGAAGAGGGGCAGCCUGGGAAAGAAGCGUACACGGCAACCACAAGAUUAUGCCAUGAUCGAUCCUGACGGACGUGGCUCUUGUCAACAGCCGGGUGAUUCAGCCAGUUCCGAUGGUCUUGUGAUGGGGACAGCCGCCUGCACCCGGAGAGGACUGUGGGAGCCGAGUGUGGAUCACAACCGAUAUUUCCCCUUUUUUUUUCCCUUUUUGAUCUGAUUUUUCUUGUGCAGCACAAUGAUUGUGGAAAUACGUACAGGAAAAUUGCACCUGUCUAACUUAUAUUGGAUUACUUGCCAUUUAGGAGAAGAGGGGGGAGAAGGAAGGGAAAAAAUAUGGAGCAUAAGGUUUUUUACAAGGGUGAAUGUGAAAAUGAUCUAUGCAUGUGUUUUGAAAAUAAAAAAAUAGUAAAAAAUAAAAAAUAAAAACUCUCUCCUUUCACAGCUCGGUGGACAAAUGUCCCAUCCACUGAAGCCACGAAUGCAUAAAUAUAGUCAUUUACACGCCAGAGUCUGGACACGGGCUGCGUGCACUCCCUAGACCGAACAGACUCGU